CACGCAUAGGGUUAACUCCUGAAACCACUUCCCAGUUCCCACCCCCCUCCUCGUCCCUCUUCUCAAAGAAAGCUGGACACUGUCCCAGCCGCUUACUGCAGCCACAUGCCUGAGGAGAGAGCUAUUGAGGAGCUAGACAUGAAUACCUUCCCUACAAACGAGUCCAAGGAAACCCUCUUUGCACUCGUCUCCCCAAAAGAGGAACUUCCCCGGCCCUCGAGCCCUCCAAAGAAAACAGCUUGGAAAAUCUGUGGCUCUAAUUACCCACUGAGCAUUGCCUUCAUCGUGGUGAAUGAGUUCUGUGAACGAUUCUCCUACUAUGGCAUGAAAGCUGUGCUGACACUUUACUUUCUGUACUUCCUACACUGGAGUGAAGACACAUCUACAUCUGUAUACCAUGCCUUCAGCAGCCUCUGCUAUUUCACACCUCUCUUGGGAGCAGUCAUGGCUGACUCUUGGUUGGGAAAGUUCAGGACAAUCCUUUAUCUCUCUUUGGUGUACGUUCUCGGUCACGUGAUCAAGUCACUGGGCGCAGUACCAGUUGUGGGGGGACAUCUAAUGCACACGGUGCUAUCCAUGGUUGGCCUUUUCCUGAUAGCGUUGGGAACAGGAGGUAUCAAACCCUGCGUAGCAGCCUUUGGUGGAGACCAGUUUGAAGAAGAACAUGCCAAAGAAAGGAGCAGAUUCUUCUCAGUCUUCUAUUUGGCCAUCAAUGCAGGGAGUUUGAUCUCCGUGUUUGUCACGCCCAUGCUAAGAGGUGAUGUACAGUGCUUUGGAGGAGACUGUUAUGCAUUAGCCUUUGGGGUUCCAGGAAUGCUAAUGGUACUAGCUCUUGUUGUGUUUGCUCUUGGAAGUAAGAUGUACAAAAAACCUCCCCCUGAAGGAAACAUAGUGGUUGAAGUCUCCAAAUGUAUCUGGUUUGCUAUUUCAAAUCGCCUGAAGAACCGUUCCAGUGAAAUUCCAAAGAGAGAGCACUGGCUGGACUGGGCAGAGGAAAAGUAUCCGAAACAGCUCAUCUUAGAAGUGAAGGCACUGACCCGUGUGUUGUUCCUUUAUAUUCCACUGCCAAUGUUCUGGGCUCUCUUGGAUCAGCAGGGCUCUCGGUGGACUCUGCAGGCAACUAGGAUGAAUGGUAAUAUGGGAUUUUUUGUGUUCCAGCCUGACCAGAUACAGGUGCUGAAUCCCCUUCUGGUGCUUAUCUUUAUCCCAAUGUUUGACUUGGGGAUUUACCCUUUGGUCAAGAUGUGUGGAAUCAAUUUAACGUCUAUUAGGAAAAUGGCAACUGGUAUGAUCCUGGCAUCCCUAGCAUUUGCUAUUGCAGCUACUGUUGAGAUCAAGAUAAAUGAACUGAGCCCACACACGCCAGGAGGCAAAGAGGUUUACCUAAGGAUUCUGAAUCUAGCAGAUGAUGAAGUGAAAGUGUCAUUAAAGAAUUAUCAUAACAACUCUGUGUUUCCAGAGCCCAUUAAGCCCUUUCAGAAGACAACAGACCAUUCUAAAAUGCUCUUGACUACAGAGAGCCAGAGUUUUCACUUCCAGCUACAGUAUCACAACAGGUCUGUUACCAGUGAGCACAUGCUGGAAGAGAAGAACAGAUACAGUUUGGUCAUUCGUGGAGAUCAAAGUGGAGUUUCCAGCAUCCUGGUGAAGGGCAUGGCAACUUCAACAGCCAAUGGGAUGGCAGCUGUGAGGUUUAUUAACACCUUGGAUAAAGAUGUUAACCUCACCUUAAGCAGAGAUGUUUCCCUCAGUGUUGGUGAAGACUAUGGCAUCUCUGACUACAAAACCUUGGAAAGGGGAAAGUACCAUCACGUGCAGUGUAGAACAGAAGAUAAGGACUUCUCCUUGGACCUGGGACUACUUGACUUUGGUGCAGCAUAUGUAAUUGCUAUUACUAAUAGUUCUGAUCAGGGUCUCCAGGCAUGGAAAACUGAAGAUAUUUCACCCAAUCAAAUGUCCAUUGCAUGGCAGUUACCACAGUACAUAAUGAUUACUGCAGCCGAGGUUAUGUUUUCUGUCACUGGGCUUGAGUUCUCUUAUGCUCAGGCCCCCCUCAGCAUGAAGUCGGUGCUACAAGCAGCCUGGCUCCUGACAGUGGCCAUAGGGAAUAUCAUCGUACUUAUUGUGGCACAGACAAGUGCUUUGGUACAGUGGGCUGAAUUUAUCUUGUUUUCCUGUCUCCUGCUUAUUGUUUGUCUCAUCUUUUCCAUCAUGGGCUACUUCUACAUCCCUAUUAAACCAGAAGAUGCUUAUAAUCUGGAGGACACAAUGCCUUCCCAUAUCAAGGAGAACGCGAGAAACCUGGUGACCAAGAAGACAAAACUCUGACUGCUCCCUUAGCUCUAUUCCAAGCCCUUUUUUUUAACCUGCCCUAAUCAGUCUAACUCAUCCCUGGUCCUGGCCCAGCCUACACCUGGCACUGAGUAUCCUUCUUCCUACUGGGCUAGGCCAAAGAAGUAGCACCAAUUUCAUCAGAGAC